ACCUGAAUCACAACCGCUAAAGCUUGAAGAUCUAGGGCUUUCUUCCCCAAAACGACAUCCGAGACAUCAAUCAACGGAAUUGGACUCAAAGCAGGCUGCGAGGGCAAAUCCAAACUCUGUGAGUGACCCCCCAAAUCCUUUGACAAUUUUGCAGAGGCAUUUGCCAUAUGACUCAGAGCCUUAUUUUUAGAAACCCUCCAAUUUUGUUUGCCCUUGUGCCAUAUCCCCAGAUUUCGAGCCCGAUUUGACUUCGCCGGAAAAACCCUCUGAAAUAUGUAGAAAAGGGACAAACUGAAAUGUUUUCUCCGAAAAGCGAGCAGGCGAAGCCAAAACAUCCACCCAUCUGCCCUCCUGAAAUACCCAUUGCGGCACAUGUCCUGCUCGGGCGCCAAACGGGUCCUCUGGAGGGAGCGGACCCCACAACGCCGAGCCCUUGCACGCCAGACGCAUCAGUUUCAAAACUUCGCUCGCCCCGAAAGUUCGCCAUUUCGCCUUCCUUCCGAAACUUCGCUUAAAUUUAAUCAGACUUUCGCAUCCUCUCGCCUUUCGCCGAUCUGAUAUAUGACGCCUAGUUGAAAUGAUGAAGUGCGAAGCAAUAUCCUUAAUGGUGAUGUCUUCAAUGUGUAAAUUCGAACCCCUCCAAGAGUCGCCCCUGCUGCUGUCAAGAAGUCUGAUUCCAAAUGUAAUCUGCUGACUAGUGCCCUGAAUGUUCCCCCAAAUUGAUCGGAUCCUUAUCUAGAAGACAGAUCCUAUCUCCCAAGGUGGUUCCAAGCAGUCAUAUGCAUCUAUCAAUGAAAAUCGAAGGUCUCAAGGGCCACGGACCUGCCUCAGAUCGGAUUCACCAAAGUAUUAAGAUGGACACCAAAUCACCCUCCAAACUAACAAACCCUCAUUUUCACCAAUAGUCCAACUAAAUAUUUAAUGCACAUAAAAAGUCAAAUACAACUGCAGAAAUAAUAAACAGUCGACAUUACAAAAAAAUUGUCAAUCAUUAUAGGUGCGUAUUUUUAACUGUCAGUAUUGUAAGUCUCAUUCUGCUAUCCAUGGCAUCCUCCUCAUCUCACCAUGGAAAUGCAGAACAUCAUGCUUUCUCUGGAAUUGAACCUCAUGGCAUAAGGAGGAAGGUCUCUGAAUCUUCGAGAUUGUUUGAUGUCUUCAUCAAUCACAGAGGUCCUGAUGUCAAGGAAACUUUGGCUAUUCAGCUUUACAAUUCCCUUCGUGAGUUGGGAAUGCAAGCAUUUCUUGAUUCACAAGAGAAAGAAUUUGGAGAUUCUUUUAUUUCUGCCAUUGAGACCGCCAUAUGCUCCGCUUCAGUUCACGUAGCCAUCUUUUCCAAAGGCUAUGCAGAGUCCCCUUGGUGUUUGGCUGAGCUCGUUCUCAUGCUACACAGUCAUGCUAAGAUCAUUCCUGUGUUUUACGGUGUGAAGCCUUGGGAACUGCGCCACAUAGAGAAGGGAGUGUAUGCUAGUGCAUUCAGUGAUUACAGAAAGAAAUACAGGCACUUGGACAAGCUUAAGGAGUGGGAGGAAGCACUCCAAUCCGUGUCAUUUACCAUUGGAUAUGAAUUCCACAAUUCAGAUUUGAGAGACUGCAAAAGCAUAGUGUCAGCAGUGCUGAAAGAAGUACAGAGGGCAAAAUCAUUGCAUGUUGCCAAAUACCCAGUAGGGCUUGAUAAGCUUGUUGAGGAUUUUAAAACGAGUUGCCUAGAUGAACUUGAUUCGCAUAUGCAGUGCAGAAUAAACAAAGAAGGUAAAGAAGCGGCUGAGAUUCUAGGGAUUUUUGGAAUCGGUGGGGUAGGCAAAACAACUUUGUCCAAAGAAUUGUACAACCAAAAGCGUUCCCAGUAUACUCGAUCAUGUUUUUUGUUUGAUGUGCGUGAAGCCUCUGAAAAAGGAGAAUUGUCUUCAUUGCAAACUCAACUCCUCAGAGAGCUUUUUCAUUAUGAGCCCCCCAAUUUUCAUAGUACAGAGGAUGGAACAAGCUAUAUCAAGAAUUGUAUACGAAGGAGCAGUUUUCCAAGCUUCCUGAUAGUUCUAGAUGAUAUUGAUCAUGUGAAGCAGUUAGAUGUUCUAUCGGUCAUGGAUAUGGUACAUAAAUUCAACAAUAGCUUGGUUAUUGUUACAACCCGUGAUGUGGGAGUGCUAAUAAGGGCAGGAAUAACCUUUGGCUAUAAUCUAAAGGGAAUGAACAGAAAUGAUGCAAGAGCGCUCUUUUGUUCGCAUGCCUUAGGUCAACCCCGACCAGCUCCGGGAUACGAGGAUAUGGUAGAAACCUUCAUAGACAUCUCCGGAGGCUUGCCUCUGUCUCUUGAAGUUCUAGGGACGCAUGUUCAUGGUAGAACCCAGGAUUACUGGCAGUUAGAAUUUAAUAAAGCUAGUAAGGUGCUGCCUCAAGACAUAAAGAAAAGACUGAAAAUAAGCUUCGAUGCAUUAGAUAGUGAGGAAAAACAAAUUUUCAUGGAUGUUGCAUGUUUCUUUAUUGGGAAAUCAAAGAGAAUGGCCAUACAGGUGUGGAAUGGAUCCGGAUGGAGUGGCCAACAUGGAUUGGAAACACUAAAAAAUAAGUGUCUUGUUGAGGAAAUUAUUGACUACUCUGAUCAGGAUUGCAUUUUACUGAGAAUGCAUGAUCACCUGCGGGAUUUAGGAAGAGAAAUGGCAAAUGAAUUGACUUUCCCUCUUCGCCUGUGGGGCCCUCAACAUCUUAAAUCUUUGGAAUCAAAGGGCUUCGAGAGCAUUCUAGCCCAAACCAAAGGGAGGUGUUUCAAUUCAAUUUUUGACAGGUCCAUGAAUUCUCAAAUCACAUUCUUUUUAGGGGAAUCAGACGAUUGUGCUGAGAAAUCAGCUAUUUUGCUAUGGCUUCAGCUUGAUGUGGAUCAUAAGGAGCGCAAAUGUAUUCCUUCAUGGAUUCCUCUUCAAAACUUGGAGACUUUAAGAAUCAGCGGUGGUCUUCUCAAAAGAAUGUGGCAGAGUCACCAACAGCCACCUUCCCAGCUGAAAGAGCUGCAGAUUUCUCAAACAAUUUUGAAGGAGUUUCCAGAUUUAUCAGGAAUAUCAAAUCAUUUGGAAACGGUAGUGCUAGCUGGCUCAGAAUGGCCAAUCCAAGGUUUUUCUUUAGUCCAAUGUUUGGGAAUGAACCUUGGUAGCUUAGACUUGAGAUAUACUGUAUUGCAUGGGGAACUGGUUUCCUACAAUGGGGGAGAAAGGACUGCUAUUAAGACUCUGGAUAUCAAGAAUUUCAAACUGAUUGGGGAAGUGGUACUGAAUAAUGGGGGAGAGUGUAGUAGUGCUAGGUCUCCCAUGAGAAGCCUUGAAAAUCUAAAGAUUAGCAACCAGAAACUUGUAACCAAGCUCUUAAUUCAUGGAAAUCACUGUCCCAGCCUCCAAUCUCUCAGACUUCAGCACAUGCAAAAUCUAAUUGAAGUGGAAUUGAUAAGCAUAAAAACAUUGACUUGUCUGAAGGUUCACAAUUGUAAACAUUUGAAAAGAUUGUCAGGAUCAUGUACAAGUCUGUUAGUAUUUGAGGUUAGUCAAUGUCCUGAGCUUGAGAUGUUGGCCAUCUGAGGUGCGUGGAAAGGAUUUCCAUUGUGAGUUGCAAUUAUUUGAAAAUUGUGUCAGGGAUAUCUUAUCUGAUGAAAAUUUCCAGAAUUGAACAUUGUGAAUGUUGUGAGUUUCAAGAGUCAAGUCUUUCCCAGCUGAUCUGCCUAGAAAAAAUUACAAUUAGAAACGGUGAAUAAUUGAAAAGCAUGUCAGAAAUGUUCGGAUAUGUGAAGACCAACAGUCAUAUCGUCACCAUUCAGUCAAUAAAACUCUUCACUUCCCCUGUUUUGAACUCUUUGUUUGCCCUCGUGAGUUUUAUAUAAAGUUAUGAAUUGAGACAUUUAAUUGAUGAUGAAAACUUGUUCCUAAUAAAAAAAGAAACCUGUGCCUACUUUUCCCAUCGA